AUGAGAUGCUGCAGCUGCUUGAGGGAGUCAACGUCGCCGGCGUCGACGAGAGCCUUGAACUGCCGGGAGACCUCCUCGGAGGCCGACCUGACGAGCCGCUCCUCCGCGCCCUCCAUCUCUCUGUCUCCGAUCCCUCUUUCUCCCUACGAGAAGAGAUGA